CGCUCCCUUCGCAAAUGCAACUUCCACUUCCCUCGUCGCCCAGCCUCCCCGAUCGAUCAAUCCUUGGUGGUUCGCCAUGGCCACUCCGGUCCGGCCUGCCGCGGCUGCUCCUGCUCGUCGUCCUCCGCAGCCACUGCCGCUGCCGGCGGCGCCCCACCACGACACGAUGCUCACGCUGUCUCUCGCGCUUCCGCUUCCGCUUCCGCCUCCCGUGUUCGUCGUCCGCGCGCUCUCCCCCGACGGCGGCGGCGUCGCUCGGGUGCGGUCGUCGCCCACGGGGGACGACACGCCGCCGUGCACCGAGUGCGGCAAGCGGUUCCCGUCGUGGAAGGCGCUGUUCGGCCACAUGCGGUGCCACCCGGAGCGUCAGUGGCGCGGGAUGACGCCACCGCACUUCCGCCAACACCGGACCGUCGUGGCCGCCGCGGACCUGCAGUUCACCGAGCAGGAGCGCGAGACCGCCACGAGCCUGCUCAUGCUCGGCGGCGGACGCCCCGCCGGCGCUGGCAAGGGCAAGAAGAGUGUCCUUGGCGCCUCGCCUAGCGCCAAGAAGGUGACCUGCGGCGCCAGCAAGUCGGCUUCUUCGCCGCCGCCCACCGUUCCAAGGUGUGACGACGACCACAAGUGUAGCGUCUGCGCUCGGGGGUUCGCGACCGGGCAGGCUCUCGGCGGGCACAAACGGUGCCACUGGGAGAGGACGACGGCAUGCGCGGAGGGGACGACGACGGUGGCUGCGAUCGCAACACCUGGCGCCUGCAGCCCGUCGGCAACGUCGUCGUCACAAGCGGCGCCGGCCACCACGCUGGACCUCAACCUGCCGCCGCCAUUGCCACAAAAGAGCGAUGGAUAUGGCAGCUUGGACGCGACGUUAGAUCUGAAGCUUGGGAUAUAGAGAGCUAGCUUUGCUGGCUAGCUAGGUUCGUCUUUGUCUGUGUCUUCUCUUGACACCCUGAUUCAGGAAAAAUCAGCAAGUUUUUCUGAUCUAUCUGAAUCGGCGGCUUGUUUUAUCUGG